AUGCCUCAGAAUUAUUACGUGGUCCUGAAUGGAGGGCGAGUCGAAAAGCCUACAAUUUUCUCUUCUUGGGGAGAUGUACAUCCACGGGUAGCAGGAUGCAAAGCAAAAUAUGAAAGGUUCAAAAAGUUGGAGGAGGCGUAUAAAUAUCUCAAAGACAACGGCGUUGAGGAGGGAGAUUACCACGAAGUUAUCAACCCAACAGCAGGGAAAACUACGCCUGAUAAAGGCAGCAAGGCCUUUUAUGCUGUUGCAAAUGGAACAAGGGUUGGAGUUUUUGAUUGCUUCUGUGGCGAGGACGGGUGCAAGUGUCAAGUUGAGCAGGCGCCUGGAGCUUGCCACCAACGUUUCCGAACUCGUCAACAGGCUGAUGCUUUCCGUGAAGAUUGGAAUGAAUCGGUUGCCUAUAUAUAUUACAAAGAGAUAAAGAAGGCUCUUGAUGAAGGCAAAAGACCGCUUGACAUGAAGUUUGAUAUAUCAGGGCUGCGUCUCGUUCAGCGUGAUAUAGUGGACGCUGUUGAUGAUGCUACGUCGCAGCUAGGCGACUUUACGAUUUAA